AAGCACGGUAAUCAAUAUUUAAGUAACAAUUCAAUUAUCAACAUUCUUAUCAUUUGGUUUAAAAAUUUAGCAUUCCUAGCAUUACUCUAAGAAAAUAAAUAUAAACGAAUAUACAACUUAAGAUUAAAAAAUUCCUCUUAACCUACUAGCUGGAUUUGCAUUAGGGAAUUAUUGUACACAAUUAAAGUUUUGAAGUGUUAAUAAAAAUUUCUUGCAUUAUGUAUUACUCAUUUAAUAUAUCAAUAGUGACGAGGAUAAAAUUCAAAAGACCUUGAAAAAAAAAAAAAAGAUAUCUGAUUUUAACUAAUGAGAAAAAGAUAGAAAACGAGGAUGGAACCUAACUUAUCCUGAAUAAAACUGUAACAAAUGAGAGGUUUGCCAAAUCAGAGAAAAAUCCAAGAAAAUUUAAAAACACUAGACUGUCCCCUGCUAUUUAUAACACCCAAGAGCACCUCCGGACUUCUACAGAUCAACCUGUGCUUAUCUGUACAGCGUGUACUUUGUUAUUCAGAAUUUAGGAAAACACCAUGAUUCUCUCAACCCACCCACCUCCUACAUUUCCCACUAUUUACAGCUAAAAUUUGUGAGAGAGAUUAGGCAGCUGAGUCGAUCAUCAAAACAAAAAAAACCAAACAAUUAAUGGAAUUAGAUAAAGUGAUAAAUGCAGUAAGCUCAAAGAGGAGCCUCAUAAUCUCUCUGGUGCUUACAUCCGUAGCCUAGUGAAACAACUCACCUCUUCAAGAACCAAAGAGCCCAUGAAUCCCAACCAGGACGUCGCACUGGACUGUGAUGGUAUCUCAAGCCAAAACACUGCCAAAUUUGGCAACCAAAAAUUUGGAGAAACCCAGAAACCCCACCAGCCUCAGCAACACAAAAAACAAGUGAGGCGGAGACUCCACACCAGCAGGCCCUACCAAGAGAGGCUUUUGAACAUGGCUGAGGCUAGGAGAGAGAUUGUUACUGCUCUCAAGUUUCAUAGGGCAGCUAUGAAACAAGCCAGUGAACAACAGCAACAACAAGAUCAACAACCUCAGGAGCAACAAGCACUUGAGCCACAAUCCCGACCUCGCUUCAAACAAGAAGCGAGGAUCGAAUCGAGGAGAAACCCUCGAAUUUACCCGUCAAGCACGUCAAAUUAUCAGGAAACUCCGCCUUUCUCAUCUGAUUUUUCAUACCAAUAUCCAAACCCAUGUCAAUAUUCAAAUCCAUAUUCUUGGACUCAUUACACAGUUGCACCUCCACUACCUUACGAAAAUUUUGAUUUCACACUUCCAAACCAAACCCUUGGCCUCAACCUCAACUUCCAAGAUUUCAACAACAUAAACACAACCCUUUACCACAACACCAACAGCCCGUCAAUUUUCUCCACCUCCGGCUGGUCUCCCUCGUCAUCUUCUUCCGCCACUCUCUCUGCUCCCACUACCGAUUCUGAAAUUCUCUCAGCUGCAGGAGCCUCUUCCUCUUUCCAUAUUGAAGCGGAGGAUGCUCCUGCGGUGGCUGAUGCUGUUGACUCCGCCGGGGUUAUCGCAAUCAGUCGCGGAGAUGGCAUGCAUGCAGCAAUCGACGACGAGGAGAUGGCGGAGAUCAGAUCGAUAGGGGAGCAGCACCAGAUGGAGUGGAACGACACCAUGAACUUGGUCACGUCAGCAUGGUGGUUUAAGUUUUUGAAGGUCGUGGAGCUCGGUGGGGGCCCACAAGAGAAGGAUGAGGACGAUGGAUACCACCAUCCGUUUGAUGCAGUCAUGGAAUUUCCAGCCUGGUUGAUGCAAUGA